GGAGCUGUCGGCCGUCCGAUUCUUGACCCAAAACCCAGAAAAUUUCUCUCUUCAUGCUGUUUUUGUGACACAUGCUCCACUUUAACCUGUCGUUUUCGUGUCGAGGACUCAACGCCAGCGUCAUUUGUCUCUCUCCAAGAUGUUUGUCACGGACAUACGGAAAGAAUUUUAUGAAGUUGUUGCCAACCAGAGAGUUGCACUCCUGGUCGCGUCAGAUAUCGAUGCUCUUUGCGCCUGUAAGAUCCUUCAGGCCUUGUUCCACUGCGACCAGGUUCAGUAUACUCUUGUACCAGUGACGGGAUGGCAGGACCUUGGCACUGCCUUCCUUGAACACAAAGACCAAUUUAAAUACUUUGUCCUCAUCAACUGCGGCGCCAACGUUGACCUCCUCGAGAUGCUGCAGCCCGAAGACGACUCCAUCUUCUUCAUUUGUGACACACAUCGGCCUGUAGAUGUGGUUAAUGUCUACAAUGACACUCAGAUAAAACUGCUGAUAAAACAAGACGACGACUUAGCUGUGCCCUCCUAUGACGAAAUAUUUCAAGACGGAGAGGAGGAGGAGGGAGAUGACUCCGGAAAUGAAAGCGGUGAUGGCUCCGAGCCGUCUGGCAAACGGAGGAGAUUUGAUGAAGGGGCCGUUGAGAGGAGAAUCGAGAGGCAACGUGAGAAGAGGGAGUGGGAAGCACGAAGGAGGGAAAUCUUAUUUGAGUAUGAGCAGUAUGAAUACCAUGGAACAUCUGCAGCCAUGAUGUUUUUCGAGCUUGCCUGGGUGUUGACUAAAGACACUAAAGACAUGCUCUGGUGGGCUGUCAUCGGGCUGACAGACCAGUGGGUUCACGACAAAGUCACACAUAUGAAAUAUGUAACAGACAUCGCCACUAUGCAGCGGCAUGUGUCCCGACAUAACCAUCGAAACGAAGAUGAGGAGAACUCUCUUUCCAUUGACUGCAUGAGGAUCUCCUUUGAGUACGACCUGCGUCUGACCCUCUACCAGCACUGGUCUCUGUACGAGAGCAUCAGUAAUUCAUGUUACACCUCCUGCCACUUCAAGCUAUGGACUUUAAACGGCCAAAAGAAGCUGCAGGAGUUCCUGGCUGACAUGGGGCUGCCUCUAAGGCAAGUGCGGCAGAAGUUCACCUCCAUGGACAUGUCAAUCAAAGAGAACUUGCGGGAAGUUAUCGAGGAGUCUUCCAAUAAAUACGGAAUGAAGGACAUCCGUAUCCAGACAUUCGGUGUCCACUUUGGCUUCAAGAACCGUUUCCUGGCUAGCGACAUGGUGCACGCUACCAUCGCUCUUCUUGAGAGCACAGAGAAAGAUGAGAGCGAGACAGACAACUUUAUCAAGGCUCUGGACUCUCUUUCAAGGAGCAACCUGGAAUGUCUACACUCAGGCAUGGACCUGGCUAAGAAGAAGCUGAUCGCCAUCCAGCAGACUGUCGCUAGCUGCAUCUGCACCAACCUCAUCUUGUCCCAAGGACCGUUUCUCUACUGCUACCUUAUGGAGGGCACCCCUGAUGUCAAGCUCUUUUCAAAGCCCAUGGCCUUGACUCUGCUCUCGAAGUACCUCCUUAAAGCAUUCGUCCAAUCAACGAGGAAUAAGAGGUGCAGGUUGCUUCCGCUCAUCAUGGCCGCUCCCAAAGAUGUGGAGAAAGGGACCGUCCUCGUCGUGGGAAUACCACCCGAGUCGGAAACAUCUGACAAAAAGAAUUUUUUUGGCAGAGCAUUUGAGAAAGCUGCAGAGAGCACCAGCUCCAGAACGCUGCAUGACCACUUUGACACAUCCAUUAUUGAACUCAAGACUGAAGACCGCAGCAAAUUCCUGGAUGCACUCAUAACCCUUCUGUCCUGAGGCAUUUCUUCUCCAAAUGAAUGUGAGUGUGACUGAGAUACAGUAUAUGAAUGAUGUCCACAUCAUAGAGCAGCACUAGUGAGAGUAUUUAGUUUUUCUUUCCUUUUUUUUCUCUUAAUGUUUUUAAUCAGAUUCUGUGUAUAUUGUACAGUAGGUUGUAAAUGUGUGGGUGUUUUAUGUCUGUGUGUCAGACUUUCAUUAAAUGUAAGAUUUUAAGCAUGUUUAAUAAACCACAAGGUCUUAAGUAACAAAAUGGCACUUAAAUAUUUCAAUUAGGUUGUUUCAGCCUCUUUUAAACACAAACCUGUGAUCAUCAAUAUUGACUAGUGUACCAGUGUAAAAUCAUUAACAGUUUAAUGCUUUAAUGCAUCUCAUCACCUCAAAGACAGAGUUGGUGAAAUGGAAUGAACGUGAUCUAAGCUCAGCUGAAGGCGAGCGUGCAUCCUCGGUACACACUCAAGCGAGAAUGCAGGUCAGGUGUCCUGGCGGUAAUUUGCUGCCGGCCCACAGCACCACUUGAAAGGAGAGGGUUAGGGUGGGGGGGCAUCCAGCGGCAUGACUGGUACAAUAAUUGCUUAAUACUCAUACAUAUGGUUAAUCCAGAGAAAGCUGCGUGAUCCUGAUCACUGGACACCAGAUCAAUCUUGUGAGAGCCAAUAAAAGAUUCAGCAUUUACAAAAAUCUUGUUUAUUGAUGGAUUGGAUAGUUUGAACUCAGAAAAGUAUUGGCUAACAAUAUUUUAAUUUUUUUAGCUGUAGUUUGAAAUAGUGUAGAGCUGAGGCAUCGUGCUUCUUUAAAUAUUUUAUUUUACCAACUACCGAAGACAAAUUCCUUGUGUGUUUUGGACAUACUUGGCAAAUAAAGAGGAUUCUGAUUCUGAUGUAGCUAAAUAAGAACCUAAAUAAAGAUAAUCAGUCAUUUAUUAGGAUGCUGUAUAGUGUUGGAGUACAGUGUUGGGCGUUUGACCAAGAGUUGGGGGGUAAAAUAUGUAGCAAGUCAAACAAGACUUCAUGCGUCACAAUCUCAUGAGACUUGAGCUCAGUGAGGACGAUACUGCUGAUAUGCGGGCUUCCUCUAGUAGUAUGCAAAAUAAUCGCUCAAUGAAAUACUAAAAUAAAAACAGAAUAAAUGAAAAUUAUCAAACCGAUGCCAAGAAAAUGAAGGGAGAUCUUUGUUUGUUUGUUUUUAAACAUUUUAUUCAGGUAAAAUGUUUCUUUAACUUGUGUGCAAUAUAUUUUAAUUGAAUCAUUCAAGUCCACUUUUUUUAUUCUGCUUCAUUUGGGUGCAGUGCUAAUGUUUUACUGCCUUUCGAUGUUACUUUUUACCACGAGUCAAACUUACUUACAAAUUGCUUUUUGUUACCUGCCUUCAGGCAUCUGCAAAUAAUUGUUUAGUUUAGUAAACUCUUCUCUUCAUACUUCCAUGACAGUUGGGAAUGUAAAAAAUGUGUU